AUGGCCGUGGAAGCGCACCGCCUCCUCUUAGCGCAACAAGGGCAGAAGCAAUUCACCAACGCGGCGGCGGCGGGAUGGCCUUGGACGACGGGCGACGAAGCUAGAUGCGCGACGGCGAGGCCGAGCCAUCAUCAACAGGCGUCGUUCCAGUUCCCGCAGGCCCAGGCCUCGUGCGUGGGCGUGGGCCUGCCGGCGGCUCCGGUCUCGUCGGCCGCGCCGGUAGCGCAGUACGCUGCUGGUGGGCAGAUGUUCGUGGGCGACGCGGCGGAGAGCGGCGUCACGUUCGGAGGAGGCGCGGCGCAGCAGCCGCAGGAGGUGGUGGCGAUGGCGAUGGCGCCCAGGAAGCGGAAGCGCGUCGUCCAGCAGGGGCAGACGCCGCCGGUUCUCGAGAUCGGCGCGGCCGACGUGGCGGCGCACUUUCAUCAGCAACUCGUCGACGUCGACCGCCUCGUCCUCCAACACACCGCGAAGAUGUGGGCGGAGCUCGCGGAGCAGAGGCGGCGGCACGCGCGGCAGGUCGUGGCCACCGUGGAGGCCGCGGCGGCGAAGCGGAUGCGCGCCAAGGAGGAGGAGAUCCAGCGGAUGGGGCGCCUCAACUGGGCUCUCGAGGAGCGCGUGAAGAGCCUCUACGUGGAGGCGCAGGUGUGGCGCGACCUGGCGCAGUCCAACGAGGCCGCCGCCAACGCGCUCCGCGGCGAGCUGCAGCAGGCGCUCGACGCCCAGCAGGCGCGCUUGUGCGGCGGCGCCACUGGCGCUGGCACCGGCACCGGCGGCGCCGACGACGCCGAGUCGUGCUGCUGCGGGGAGAACGACGUCGUCGCCGGAGCCGGAGCAGGUGGGGCGGGCCCGGAGGACGACGAGGAGGCCGGGACGUCGUCGCCGCCGGGCCACAGGAGGACGUGCGCGGUGUGCGGCGAGGGCGCGGCCGAGGUGCUGCUCCUGCCGUGCCGCCACCUGUGCGCGUGCGCGCCGUGCGCGGGCGCGGCCAGGGCGUGCCCGGCGUGCGGGUGCGCCAAGAAUGGCAGCGUCUGCGUCAACUUUUCGUGA